AUGAUGGAAAUUGAAAGCAAAACUUUAGAAUCUGAUCGAAAUGAAAAUUGUGCUAUCGAAUCACUACCACCUCCUCCAUCAUCAUCUCCCAAGUCUUCAUCCCUUCUGAACUCUCUAUCAUUUUCAUCCUAUGAAGAAGAGGAUUAUCAAGAGGAGUCUAAAUAUACUAGUGAAUCGGAUUUUGACUCUUCCACUAAAGACAAUGAAAUGGAACAUGCAGGAGAUGUAGAGACUGUGGAUGGAGAUGUGAAAAGGAUGGAUAAAAAGUCUUGGAUGGUUUGUAAUGAAAAGGAUUGCCAGUCUUCAAAAUUAAAGUUCAGGAGGGGAAAGGUAGUUGACAUGCAAUCUGAAAAUAAAGGUCCAAGGAGUCUAAAAUUUAGGAGAGGAAAAGUGUUAGCGGAGAACCCAAAUGUCAAACUUGAUGCUCGAAGGCGAAGCUUUAAGAGGAGAGAUGGAGUUGAUGACAAUCGUACUGAAACCAUUCUAGAAAAAGUCGUUUUGAAGCAUCAAGAUUUGCAGGGGAAGAAACAAGAACAGGGUAUGUUUAACAAUGUCAUCGAAGAAACAGCAAGUAAACUCGUUGAAACACAGAAGAGCAAGGUUAAGGCCUUGGUCAAUGCUUGUGAAAUGGUGAUCUCGCUCCAAGAUAGCAAACCUUUUGCCAAGACAGUCAUUUGA